AUGAAUAAAGGUACUAUUGUAAAACUUCAUUCCUUAAAUUUAGACAGGAAUAUAAAUAAGAAUGUGUCUAUUAAUAGAAAUGGAAUAAAUAAUUAUGAAUCCGAUUUAUCUAUAUCAUCAUAUAAAACAUUUAAGAAUUCAAGUGAUAAUACUGAUAUACCUUUGUAUAGAACGUGUACUAACGAUUCUGAUAAUUCAAUAAAAAAUAAAGAUAUUUAUGGUUAUAAAAAAGUAGUAUCUUUGAAUGAAUAUAUAUUUAAAUUUAAAAAACUGACAAAUGAAAAAAAUGAAAAUACAUUAGACAAAUGUAAUAUUUUUCGAAGAUUUAAUACUAACCAAAAAAAUCUUAUAGACAUUUCAGAUUCAUGUAGUGAAUCUAAUUUGAGUUCUGAAUGUAAUGUUACUAUAGAUGUAACAAGAAAUAUUAUGGAAAAAAAGAAAAUACAACAAAAUAUAAGUGACAAUAUGAAAGAUAUAUUUUGUCUUUAUGAUAAAGAAAAACAUUUUAAUUAUAAUAAAUAUGAUACAAUAAAAGAUAUUAAGAAAUAUAAAAGUCAUAUGCCAAUGGAAGAUAAACCUUUAUCUUGUUAUUUGAAUUCAUCAUUUAAAUUAAUGUCUCACGAUUUAAAUUGUGACGAAAAAUAUAACAGAACAAAAACAUUCUUUCAAAAUAUUAAUAGUGUUACAUGUCAAAAAAGAGGAUUUAUUACAUGUUCAAGUGGAAAUAUAUUAAAUAGAGAUAUUAUAAAAAAUAAUGAAGAAAAAAAAAGUUUGAAAAAAAAGGUGAAAAAGCAUUGCAAACAUAAAAAGAGUUUUUUACAAAGUGUAAAAAAAAAGAGGAUAAAGAAAUACAAAACCCUUUUAUAUAAUUUAAUAAAUAAUGAGAAUAAACUAUUUGUGAGGAAACUAAGAUUAAGUGUUAGAGAUAUAUAUUCAUACAAUCUAAGACAUGGAAAAAAUAAAAAUAAAAGAGUUUUAUUUUUUUCUAAUUGUAAAAAUCAUAUAUAUCAUUCAUUGAGAACGAAAGAUAGGAAUUAUAUUUUUAAUAAUAAAAAUAAAACAUGUAUAAUGAAAUAUAAUAUAAGAAAUGUUUUUAUAAAUAACUAUGAAAAAGAUUUCAAUAAAAAAAUUGAUAAUAAUAUAUUCUUAGAAAUUGAACAAAAGAAUAUAGAGAAAGAUAUAUAUGAAAAAAAUAAGAAAUCAAAUGACGAAUAUAUAAAGAAUGAACUUGAUAAAAAAGAAUCUAUUUCUUUUUAUUAUGAUUUACAUAAAAAUAAAAAUAUAAUUAUAGGAAAUAGAAAUAUAAUAUUUCCUUCUUGUCAAAUAAAAUCUGAUAAAGCUAAAAUAAUUAUAGGAGAAAAUAAUUUAUUUGAAGAUUUAGUUACUAUAAUAAAUAAUACAAGUACAGAUAUGUAUAUAGGGAGUUAUAAUAUAUUUAGAUCUGGCUCAUAUAUAUAUAAUACGAUGAAUAUAGGGGAUAGAAAUUGUUUCGAUUAUAAAUGCAAUAUAAUUAAGAGCAAUAUAGGAUCACAUACAUUUAUUGGUAUAAAUAUGCUGAUAGACAAAAAAUCGAAAUUAAGAAAUCAUCAUAAAAUUGUUGAUAAUGUAGUUAUAUAUUUAAAUUCACAAAUUAUACAAGACAAUAUGAGAGAAAUAAUAUCACGAUAUAAUCACAUAAAAUGA